GGUACGUACAUUGCGAUGCAGUCUGUUGUGAUUAAAUAGGAAAAAAUUGCUCCUUCUGACCAAAAUGGACAUUUCCAUAAAGCCGGUUUUUUCGUUUUCGCUCAACUAUAAGGUGUUCGAAAAGUUGGUGACUUGCGGCAAGUACGAUGGCAUACAUUCGUGUCUGACCGUGGUGACAAAUGCCGAUAAGAUACUGAUCCACACACCACACAAACGGUACGGCUUACAAAACUCGAAGCUUUCCAUAUCGGAAAUCAAGAAUGACAUCGCCAUGCUGAACAUGAACUUCCCUAUCCGGGCCAUCAUCGCCGGAAAGCUGAAAAGGGACGACGAUCGGGAUAUUUUGGUGAUUGGAAGCUCUUCUCAUCUUCUUGCCUAUCACGUUGACGAAAAUUACAAUCUGUUCCAGCGUGAUUUUCCUGAAGGUGUUCGAUCACUCCUGAUCGGAUCGCUCGGUGGGUAUGCAGGAAACACGCUGAUCGUAGGAGGAAAUGCGAUUAUCAAAGGAUUCAACAGCGAGGGCACUGAAAUCCUGUGGUUGAUUACCGCUGGAGCUGUGAAUGCAUUAUUGCUAAUGGACAUUGACAAGGAUGGGCAAAAUGAGCUGAUCGUGGGCACCGACGAUGGCUGCAUCAAAAUGUACAAAAGGGAAGCUCUCCUGCACGAGUUCACCGAGGGCAACGAGAUUCAAAACCUGAUGGCAAUCAGCCCCUGCCAGUUUUUGUACAGCGUCAAAAAUGGAACCAUCGGCGUGUUUGACGAGAGCGUUCGAAUGUGGCGAAUAAAGUCGAAGACCAGGGUCACGGCAAUGGCUAUGUACGACAUAUUAGGCUGCGAGAGCAAGCAAAUCAUCGUCGGCUGGAAGAGCGGCAAGAUCGACGUUCGCGAUGCCCAGAACGGGGACGUGCUGUUCAAAAUGAAGCUGAACGAUUUUGUGUGUGGGAUCACGUGUAACGAUUACCGCGGGAUUGGGGUCCUGGAUCUGGUGGUCAUUACGGCUGAUGGCGAGAUUCGAGGAUACACUACUCCAAGCGUGAACCUACUGAACCUCCACAAUGUCGCAGAUGAAGAGAUGAACAGUUUACUAUCGCAAAAGCAGAAGCUCCUUCUAGAGCUCAAACAUUACGAAAACAACAUCAAAUUCAACAAAGAAAUUCUAGGAAAUAAUGACUCCCAACUGGUUCAGAGCGUACCCGACAACGUGGGCGUGAUUCCGUCAAACACGCGACUACAAAUCGGCAUAUCAACCAGUUAUGACAGCAACGAUAUGAACAUCGACAUAACCGUAUCGACGAACAAUGCAACAACUAUACGGGCGGUGCUAAUCUUCGCCGAUCAGCUGUUCAAGGAGGAAACUCUGAUAGCUCAUCUGACGAAGGAUGUAUCCAGGAUUUUGAUUCCGCUGAAAACGCUGAAAGACAAUGCACAGGACAUUCACAUAAAAGCAUUCGUGGGGUAUCCCACCAGCGUGCAGUUCCACGUGUUUGAGCUAACCCGGCAGUUACCGAAGUUUGCCAUGUACACCAUCCCGCAUAGUUUGACCGGGUCACCAAAAAGUAUUGCUUACAUCAACGGCCUCGCGGUGAAAUCUACUCCCGGCGACAGUUAUGUUGAAUUUCGAAUCACGGAACGGUUGAAGCGAAUUUGCAUAUGGAUCAAUCAGAACUUCCUGCUUCCCUCGGACAUCGAGUACAUGACAUCAUCGGACUCAGACGCAACGGAGCUGAAGCUGAACCUAAUCAGCCUGCGUACCGGCAAAAACGUGUGCCUACACUUUAACAAUGACGGCAAAACCCGUUUUUACACCGAAGACAUUGGACUGGCCGGUGACCUCAUGCAGUCUUUGGUGCAGUUUCUCAAUAUCGAGAAUAUGAACUCUGUCGCUUGCUUUCCGGUGCUGUACGAAGAAAUCAAGGAACUGUUCAACAAGCUACAGGGCCUCCAAGAGACAGAAAAGCAGAUCAACUCGGAGAUCAUAGAUAAUGUGAAUCAGAUUAAAAGCCAUCUCAUUAGGGCGGAGGAUGCCCGCUACUACAAUGGGGAUGACGUUAUCAAAUACCACAACGAGAUGAUGAACACGAACGAAGACCUCGUAAAAAACUACAAGAUCCGAUUGGUCAACACGAAUGAAGUCCAGUUGGCACUGAAACGCAUCCACAGCAUACUGUACAGCGCAUCCAAGCUGAGAGUUGGAACGUUCGCCGCUUCAGUCAUCAGCAAGUUCAAAGAUGCCUUAAAAACGAACAACAUCGAGGCCGUGGUGAAAAUCAUUGAGCUGGGCGAGAUGUAGGUGCCCGUGUCGGACGGAGCUGAGUUUGGCAAACGUUUGCGUCUCGAUUCUCACACAGGUAUACGUUUGCGGAGGUGGCCAAACCGGUGCUGUGUUCCAUCCGGCCGGCCCAUGACGAGCCGAAUGAGUAAACAACCAUCGAGUGCGGUGUUGCGACAUGGUACUUUGAAUCUUUUAGAAUCGCGCUUGGGAUCGCGUGCUUUUAACCUGUGAAUAAUGUGCUUUAGCGAUUGCGAUAUGGAAGAUAAAUAUUUAUUAUUAAUUAGAGGCCUUGAUAAGAGAAACGCGGAUAGAAAAUGUAGCUCUGCCAACACUGCAGCUAAUCUUCUUCAUCAAAGAACAACACAUGAAAAGGAAGAAAUGAUUUAUCCUGGUAAAAUUUUACAUGUCGCUAUUUAAUGUGUUCACAUCACAUGACAAUCGAAUCCAACAAAUAAAACGAUUGCAUUUCAUAAUCUAUCAUUAAUUUGCAAAACAAAUUAAAAUGCAUUUUAAAUUGGUUCAUUCAUAAAUGGUGUUAAAUCGAAUUUAGCCGUUUUCAGUAUUUGAACCGAUGUUUUGGCUGCUUGACAGGUCUCUUGCUCGAUUGGCUGCUGUUUUUUGACGGAUCGAUUGGCGGCACAUGUCAA